UCUUAUUCUCACAGUGUGGCCUAAAUAUAUUUGCUAUGAACGCGGAUGCUCCAGCAUUAGCAGAGUCUUGACCUCACUUGCAAAAAUUAAAUGUCUUUUAUUUCAUCAAAUAAAUUUCAAAUAAAAUUUAAAAAAUAAGGGAGAAAAAAUGCAGUGGAAAGCGACAUUCUGGGUUCUGCUGGUGGCAUGCACAGUCGUGUUGCUGGGCAGAGUCGCCAGCAGCAUACCCGCCUGGCAACUCAACUGGAGCGUGGGCAGACGCGUCAUUAGCACAAAGGCCGGCAAAUUGCGCGGCUUGAUUGUCAAGCCCAAUUACGCCGGCGCCCCGAGGGUGGACGUCUUUCUGGGCAUUCCUUACGCGGAGCCGCCACGGAGAUUCAUGCCACCCAAGGCUCCUGUGCCUUGGAACGGAGUCAAACUGGCCACCAAGUUGUCACCUGUGUGCCCACAAAACUUCCCUGACAUAAGCAACAAGUCAGAAGCAUUGAAGCAUAUGCCAGAGGGAAGGUACCAUUACCUCCACCGGUUGUACCCUUAUUUGAGGAACCAAAGUGAAGACUGUCUCUACUUGAAUGUCUAUGCACCACAUGUGGACAUCACUGAUGCACCAGAGGAGCCAUCAGAGUCUGAUAGUGGGCACUGGAGCAAAAUCAGAGAUGGCAGCAUUGAACAACCACCAAACUCUCCCCAGUCUCCAUAUUGGCAAGAUCCAUCAUUUCCCAAUGCAUUGCCAAAAGAGAAACAAAGACAACAGGAAUCUUCUGAGAUGAGCAAUAAGAACCCUGUUAUUGUCUUUUUCCAUGGGGAGUCUUAUGACUGGAAUUCAGGGAACCCUUAUGAUGGCACAGUCCUGUCAUCAUUUGGAAGAGUUGUUGUUAUCACUUUCAACUUCAGACUUGGCAUCUUUGGGUUCUUGAGAACUGGAGUGAAUGCUGGGGCAAAAGCCAACUUUGGACUAUGGGACCAAAUUGCAGCCCUGGAAUGGAUCCAGGAAAACAUCAAGAACUUUGGGGGAGACCCUGGCAAUGUGACUCUACUUGGUCAUGGCACAGGAGCUGCAUGCAUUAAUCUCUUGAUGACAUCAACUGUUGCUCAUCAGAUCAAAGGGCUUUUCCAGAGAGUAGUCUUGAUGAGUGGUUCAGCACUGACACCCUGGGCUCUGGUCCCAGACCCCAUCAGUGUGACAAUGCAAAUUGCCAAUCAAGUGAGUUGCCCUGUGGAAGAACAAAGGAAGGAAGAGUUAGCAGAUUGUUUGAGAACAAGGUCUGUUGAAGAACUCUUGGCAGCAGCUUCAAGGGUCAUGCUUCCAUCUUUUACAACAGCUUUUGGGCCUGUUGUGGAUGGAGUACUUAUUCAAGCUCCACCCAGGAGAAGCAUUCAAAAUUACCUUGACAUGCUCUCAAGGUAUGAUGUCAUGCAAGGUGUUGUUUCUGCAGAAAGCUACUUCAUGUUUGAUGACACUGACAUCAGGUAUAAUAAGGAUGAACUCAGAUGUCUUUCAAUUUACCAUAUUAACUCAAGUACCAUAUGUGGGGAACUCAUUCUGUAUGGGAUGGAAGAGAGAAGAAGAGAUAAAAUGGUUGACUCCUUCAUAAAGAGCAAUUAUGUUAUGAAGUCAGAAGAAAUCCUGGCAGCUGUUAUGGUUGAUUAUACAAACUGGAAGAAGAUGGAUGUUGACAGGGACUCAACCAGAGACACAGCAAUGGAUAUUUUCACAGACUCCACUUAUGUAGCAGGUCAAGUUGAAAUGGCAAAUUUCCAUGCUGCAGAGAAUCCAAAAAGUUACUUUUAUGUUUUUGCACAUCAAUCCAAAUUUGGAGACUAUUCAACUCCUAACAAAUUUGUGUUUAUGCAGAAAUUUGGUUGUAUACAUGGGGAGGAACUACCUUAUCUAUUUGGAGUUCCACUGGAAGGACCAGUUGGAGCCAAUCACUUCCAGAGCAACUUCACUGUACCAGAAAGCUUUUUAUCUCAAAUGUUCAUGGCUUUUGUAACCAACUUUGCCAGGACUGGAGACCCAAAUAUUCCACCAAGAUCUUUGAUUGAUCCUCAAGCUUCAAGAAGACUUGGAGGGAAACCUAAAACAAGGUCCAGGUUGAGGAGUGACAGAGUCAUCUGGCCAAGAUAUUCUCUUCAUUCACAACGUUAUAUGUCAUUGGGGGUCAACGAGUCUCGUCCUGUUGCAGUUGUGUUUCUGGGGAGAAGUAGUAGUCUCCGACACCAUUUAUACCCACCCAGGGCCAGAUUCCCUCCUCCUCUGCCCCCUCAACUGCCACCCCCUAUUUUGAGACAUGACCAUGAAGUGACACCUGGAGAGGAUGAAAGGAACCUUCAGUCCAGGUUUGGGUCCCAGAGGGGCCACAACAGAGGUGGCAGGAAUGAAACAGUCACUGCCUGGGUUGGGGGAGGCACUGUCACAGCUUGGAGUUUAGUUGUUGGGGCAGGACUUUGCAUAUUGGUGCUGAAUGCAUGCAUCUUCUUUGGGAUUUACCACCAGAGGGACAAGAUCAAAACCAGGGCUAGGAUGCUGCAGAAGCAAUGUGUUCUCAGGGCAGUCAAUGCAGGACAAGAUGUAGAAUCAUCAGAUGCCAGGGAGCUGGAAAUGCUGUGUGAGAAGUCCCAAAAGGAGCUGCGCAAAGAAGCCAAACAAAGAGAGAAGCACAAGUCUCAACCCAAUCUCUCUCAAACCAAAGCAACCAUCCAUCAGGCAGAUGAGAAACUGACCAAAUCCACUCCUGCGAGACUUGGCCAACCCACACCAACAUCCAGCCAGCAUAACAUAACAAAUUCAGCUGAAAUCCUGAUACAACCAUCAGCCAAACAGUCCAGACAUUAUGCAACAGUGGAUGGAAGGCGUUCCUCCAGGAGAACUCAGUCUGAAAGAGCCAACAACCAUGGUGUUGGUGAUGGUGAAGACCAUGAAAUGGUUCAAGAAGGAAGCUCAUUGGCAGCCAGCAGAUAUGCCACAUCCCCAAGGGUCCAGAAAAGAAGGAAGUCACAACAAUAUGACUAUGAGAAUGUUAAUAAGGAAUACUAUGACUGGAUCAAGAAGCCUGACCCUGAAGACCCUGCUGACAUAUAUGUUUCAAAGAGCACAAUGACAUUACAGGGUGCCCAUAUUUUGGGGCCUCACUCUAUAACUGUUCAGAAUGAAGAAAACCACACAGACUCUGAUCUUCUGGCUUCAAAAGAGCUCCAAAAAUUGAACAAAAAGUACAAUGUUUGCUAUCCUUUGCACAUAUGGCAGCUGCAAGCCCCACCAUGCCAAACCCAGCAUCAGGGGCCUCAUCUGGAAAGCGUACAAGGCAUCCCAGAGAGAAACCAAAACACUCUCCUUACUCUCUGCAAAUGGACCCACACCAGGAUCACCAGACACCCAUCACAACUCCUUUGUAUCAAUAUCAAAGUGCAGACAACAGUAGCAGCAGCAGCAGGCGCCAUCCAGGAGUUGGAGCACCUGCUGCCAAAAGGUCUUCAAGUCUUGCCAGACACCACACCAGGGAGUCAGAGGCACUCACCAAGUGGUUCAGAGCAAGAAGAAAGCCUGAAGAACAAGCAUCCACCAACUUUCAAGCCUCCUCCACCACCAAGACAAUUCUCUGAUUUGCCUGGCCCACCUCAACAACCCAGCAUCCUCAAGAGACCCAGACCUGAGCAUUUAGAAUCCCUGGGUACAGAUUCCUCAGUGGAUAGUCAAAACUCUGUAAUCUUUGCUGGAUCAAAAACUUACCCGCAUCCUGGAGGAACCGAUUUCAAGGGGUUCAGUCAGUCCUCAAGUGAAGAACAAGCAGAGUGAAGAAAAAAGAAAAAUUAUUUCUCUUGCAAAUGCUUCUCAGACAAUGAGCAAAAAGUACCCCAAGAGAAAAAAAACCCUGGGUCAUGGAAAAAGGUGCUGUGAUGUUCUAUAUAAAAAAAAUUUGAUUUGUUUAUUCAGUUCAAGAAUUUCAAGUUUCUGGAACUGACUCAGUCCUCUCAUACAAGAAGGUAUCCUGUAAUAAUUAGAUCUUUCAAAGAAUUGUGAAAAAGCCUUAGGCAGAAGUGUGUAUCACAAUUGUUGAAGCUGUAAAUAAAAACAAGUGUUUCUCAAA